AUAUAGAAAACAGAAGUAGAAGGUGUCAGAAAUUCAAGUAUAUAUUAAGUGUAAGAACUAUUCAUCUUAAUUUAACCCCCCUCCCUCCUCAUACUGGAGAUUUUGCAUUACUUGUAUACAAGCUUACACCACUAUUUUAUGCCCUAAUAAGGGUGCACAGCAAAGGAAACCAUAAACAAGACUUUAAAGACAACCCUCAGAAUGGGAGAAAAUAUUUGCAAAUGAAACAACAGACAAAGGAUUAAUCUCCAAAAUAUACAAACAGCUCAUGGAGCUCAAUAUCAAAAAAAACUAUGUGAUUUUAUUAUAACAUCUUUGUAUUGCUCAAGUAUUCCUCUUUUGCCACGAUGAUGUCAAAUUGACGCUUUUGAGUGGAGAUCUUUCACUCUGAUUGGGAUAAGAUUAGGCUGUUCAGUAAUAGCCGCCGCUAAUGGCUUGAGGCAUUUAAUGUUUGUUAACCAGAGUGUUACUCUGUGUCAUUUAUUUUUAUAUACAAAACAGCUUGUCAUUGGCGGGGGUUGGAGGAGGGACGUCCUCCACAGCAAAAAUGAUGAACUCUAAAACUUUAUAGUUUAACCAUUGAAGAAGAAAAGGAAUAAUCAGGUGUACAUUUAAACGUGACUUUUUUCAUCUUUUCUGUCCUUCAUGAUUUUUUUUACUAUAUCAGAUAAUUCCUAAAGAUCUCUAUGUUUAAACAAGGACUUGCUGUGAUGAAGGUAGUUUUUAUCUUUCAAUUUGAACCUUCUGGGAAGUCACGCUAUAUUCUUGGCAUCAUAAUUAUCUCUUUGGCACCUGAUUUCAUAGACCACAAUUAUGACCUCACCAAACAGCGUAUCUUCGGUUACUUCAUGGUUUCCAAGUAUCUCUUAAAUUGGACCAUGCCAAGUAAAAUUGUUUGCAGGUCAUUUUCUAGAUACCUUUUCACUGAGCUUCUAAAACAAAAGUCCAUGAAAUAAUCCGUUUGCAGAUUGGGCUUGUGGUGUGUUAGCCAGAGGUUCCUGAGCUUUGUAAUUUAGGGAUCCUAAGCGCUUUACAUUCGUGGCGACGUGUACGGUUUUUUCUCUCCCUCGAUGGUGUUACCUCUGUUUCACAGAUGUGGAAACGUGGCCGGAGUUGCACAGGGAGUAAAUCAUGGAGGCAAGGCACCGACACAGGUCACGCUGACUACAGAGCAGUAUGGCCUUUCAGGGACAAAAAAGUGAGAGGAGCAGUCAAGGAGAGAACGCUGAGGAAAAUGAGCUAACGCUUUUUAAGGAGCUGGGGGAAGAACAAAUCUGGAGAUGUUAUGAAAGGUCCUGAGCCGGCAGAGCCACGCGCUAUGAGCACCUCAGGUCUGUUCCGUUUUCCUAUCCCGCUGACCAGAGUGUGCAUGGUGCCCUGGGGACUCCGGCUCUGCGAGAAGCCGGAACUCUUAUCCCCUGGAACAGCGGUCGCUCCAGUCCAGGCGGCAGGCAAGAAGGACCACCCUGCUCUGCUCUCCCUGGAUGAGAGUGAACUUGAAGAGCAGUUUGUAAAAGGACAUGGGCCAGGGGGCCAGGCAACCAACAAAACAAGCAACUGCGUGGUGCUGAGGCACGUCCCCUCAGGCAUUGUCGUCAAGUGCCACCAGACUAGAUCCGUCGAUCAAAACAGAAAGCUAGCUCGAAGAAUCCUGCAAGAGAAAGUGGAUGUUUUCUACAACGGUGAAAACAGUCCUGUUUACAAAGAAAAACGAGAGGCAGAGAAGAGAAAGCAAGAAAGGAAAAAAAGAGCAAAAGAGACCCUAGAGAAAAAGAAACUCCUGAAAGAACAAUGGGAAUCAAGUAAAAAUGUGCCCAGAGAAAGGACUGCAGAUUCUGACUGAAAGAACCUGCCGGAUGGGACUUCCCUGGUGGUGCAGUGGUUAAGAAUCCGCCUGCUGAUGCAGGGGACACGGGUUCGAGCCCUGGUCUGGGAGGAUCCCACAUGCCGCAGAGCAGCUAAGUCCGUGCGCCACAACUACUGAGCCUGCGCUCUAGAGCCGGCGAGCCACAACUACUGAGCCUGCGUGCCACAACUACUGAAGCCUGCACACCUAGAGCCCGUGCUCUGCAACAAGAGAAGCCACCGCAAUGAGAAGACUGCGCACUGCAACGAAGAGUAGCCCCUGCUCGCUGCAACUAGAGAAAGCCCGCGCGCAGCAACGAAGACCCAACGCAGCCAAAAAUAAAUUAAUUAAUUUUAAAAAAAGAACCUGCCAGAUGCCUCCAGGGACGGCGUGAGCUCCACCACCAGCGCGGCUGUGACGGGCUCCAGAGACAGCAGUUUCUAAACAGCAGACAAACUGUAGUGAAUAGCAAUGCACACUUUGAGAAUAAAACUGUAAAAAGAAA